AUGGCGGAAUCAUCCAACGUCAAUGCUACAGUUUCUGGCCUGAAGGGUUAUGACCUUUCAAGCUUGCUGACAUUUGACCCCGAAUCCAUCGAGCCGGCUACUGCUAAAACAAGCGAAGUGCCAGGACCCAGCACUACACAUGGUCAACUCCAGCAUCUCAAGGCCCUGCUCUCCUCUUCCAUUGAGACAUUGGUUGAAGACUCCGAGGCGGUGAAGAGCGUUCUGGAAGACAUCCAGCCUCAUCUCCCGAGAAUCAACCUGCGCCACAACCAGCUUCCGUUGAAAGCCGAUAUCGCAGACAAAUGCCAACGGCUUAAUGAGAAAAAGGCAGCUUUGGACGCCAAGACUGACACCUCUGACAGUACUGCUGAACUAGCGACCUUGCGCAAAGAGUUGGAGGCCCUUGAAGAGAAGGUUCGGGCAACAAAACAACUCAUUGAAGCUAAGGAAGCUCUUAUCGCCCACUCCCUCGAGGAAGCAGAAGGCCUCAAAGCUGAACUGAAGUCUGAUCUGGCCGAAAUCCGCACCUUGAACAAGCAGCUGGUGGCAGGCAAAGACGAAGAUGAUGAGGCCGAGAUCGCCGAGGUGGAUCGUGUUCGUGCUGAUGCCCUCCAUGCCCUUGAGAUGUUCCUUCAGUAG